UCUAAUGGUGUUUCCAAUGGGACCGCCGUUGAUUAUACCAAAUUGAAUAAUGGUAAUGAUAUAGAAGAAGAAAUUCAAGAUGAAAUUCGUUAUACAUUUCCUAAAAGUCAAGAAGAAGUAACUCAGUUAAUCUUGGACUACCAGGAAUUGACCAAUAAAAGCAUUAACGAGAGAGAACGUUAUGAUCGGGCUCGCCAACAACAUGAAGAGAUGUUACAAUCUCAAUCAAUCAAAGAAAAAGAUUAUUCAUUUCCAGAAUAUAAAGAUUCUUUUACAGAUGAAAAAAAAUCAAUUGAAAAAAUAUUAUUGAAAAUUGAUGAUAAAUAUAAAGAUUUUAACGAAAGAGAAGUAAAAUUUUAUCAAGAUUUGAAAAAAUCCUUAGAUUCAAAUUCUGACACAGAAAAUCAAAUCGAUGUUGAACUUUUUGAAAAACAAUUGGCUAGUUUGCAAUUGAUAUCAAAAGAUUUAGAUUUACCUGAGUCUUUACAAUCAGUUUUAGAAGAUAAACCAAUAUUGAAAAAUAUCAAUGAGAAAAUUGUUAAUGAUAUAUUUAAUAACGUUUUAAAAUUAAAUUCAGUUAAGAAUUCUAAUUUUCAACAAUUGGCUGAAUCUUUUGGAAUCAAAACUCGUCCUUUUGUUAAUGAAUUGGGCCCUUUAUAUGGCCCUUUAGCUAAUUUUGAAACUGAAAGUUUGAUUUCUAAAAAAAUUUCAAAUCGUAUAAAAGAUUUAGAAAGUCUACCGGCUAAUAUUGGUACUUUUAAUUUCAAUGAUGAUAAAUCAAAUCUUGAUGAUUUAAAAAUUAAAUCAUUAAUUGAAUUAAAAUCUUUACAAAUACUAUCAAAACAAAGACAAUUGAAAAACAGUUUUUUACGUAAAUCUACUUUUAGUGCUCAUUAUGAUGUUCCUUCUUUAGUUGCUAAUUUUUAUGUUGCUCAAGGUAAAAGAAAUGCUAAUCUUCGUCCAAAAAUUGAUCAACCAAAUCCUCAUUUAUUAGCUUUACAAUUAGAAGAUAAACAAAAAUUAGAAUUAAGACGUAAAGAACAUGAAAAACAUGUUUUGAAAGUGGAAAGAAUCUUAGAAUCUCUGAAAAAUUUUAUUGAUAAUAAAUUAGCUAGAAUUUCUAAAAAAAAUCACUUUAUUAAAACUGUGGGUAAUUUCCAUAAUAGUACUGAAAAAGAAGAAUCUAAGAAAUUAGAAAGAACUGCUAAACAACGUUUACAAGCUUUGAAAGCUAAUGAUGAAGAAGCUUAUAUUAAAUUAUUGGAUCAAACUAAAGAUCAUAGAAUUACCCAUUUAUUGAAACAAACCAAUAGUUUCUUGGAUUCUUUGGCUCAAGCAGUUAAGGUUCAACAAGUUGAACUGGGUGCUGAUAUACCUGUUGAAACUACCGGUGAUAAUGAAAAUGAUGAAAAUGAAAAACAAGAUAAUGCUGAUGAAUUAAGAGAAAAAUUAGAUUAUUAUCAAGUUGUUCAUCGUGUAAAAGAGGAAGUUACUGAACAAUCUUCAUUAUUAAUUGGAGGUAAAUUAAAAGAUUAUCAAAUCAAAGGUUUACAAUGGAUGGUUUCUUUAUAUAAUAAUAAAUUAAAUGGGAUUUUAGCAGAUGAAAUGGGUUUAGGUAAAACUAUUCAGUCAAUUUCUUUAGUCACCUAUUUAAUUGAAAAGAAACAUGAAGAUAAAUUCUUGGUUAUUGUACCUUUAUCAACAAUUACUAAUUGGACUAUAGAAUUUGAAAAAUGGGCUCCAAGUGUUAAAGUAAUUGUUUAUAAAGGUUCUCAAGAUCAACGUCGUGCUUUACAAUAUGAAGUUAGAAGUGGUAGCUUCCAAGUUAUUUUAACAACUUAUGAAUAUGUUAUUAGAGAACGUGCAGUUUUAGCAAGAUUUAAUUAUUCUCAUAUGAUUAUUGAUGAAGGUCAUCGUUUGAAAAAUGCUAAUUCUAAGUUAGCAGUGACUUUGAAAACUUUCUAUAAAACUAAAAAUAGAUUAAUUUUAACUGGUACUCCUUUACAAAAUAAUUUACCAGAAUUAUGGGCUUUAUUAAAUUUUGUUUUGCCAAAAGUUUUCAAUUCAGUCAAAUCUUUUGAUGAAUGGUUUAAUACUCCUUUUGCAAAUACUGGUUCACAAGAAAAAAUUGAAUUGACCGAAGAAGAAUCAUUAUUAGUCAUUAGAAGAUUGCAUAAAGUUUUGAGACCUUUCCUUUUAAGAAGAUUGAAAAAAGACGUUGAAAAAGAUUUACCUGAUAAAGUUGAAAAAGUAUUGAAAUGUAACUUAUCAGGAUUACAACAUAUCUUAUAUCAACAAAUGUUAAAACACAAUGCUUUAUUCGUUGGUGCUGAUGUCGGUAGUGCAAAAUCUGGAAUUAAAGGUUUGAAUAAUAAAAUUAUGCAAUUAAGAAAAAUUUGUAAUCAUCCUUUUGUUUUCGAAGAAGUUGAAGAUGUUUUGGACUCUUCAAGACUCACCAAUGAUUUAAUCUGGAGAACAAGUGGUAAAUUUGAAUUAUUAGAUCGUAUUUUACCCAAAUUUAAGGCUUCUGGACAUCGUGUUUUAAUUUUUUUCCAAAUGACUCAGGUUAUGAAUAUUAUGGAAGACUUCUUAAGAUUUAGAAGUAUGAAAUAUAUGAGAUUAGAUGGUAGUACAAAAGCCGAUGAAAGACAAGAUAUGUUAAAACUUUUCAAUGCUCCUGAUUCAGAAUAUUUUUGUUUCUUGUUAUCUACAAGAGCUGGUGGUUUGGGUUUAAAUUUACAAACUGCUGAUACAGUUAUCAUUUUCGAUACUGAUUGGAAUCCUCAUCAAGAUUUACAAGCUCAAGAUAGAGCUCAUAGAAUUGGUCAAAAGAAUGAAGUUAGAAUUUUAAGAUUGAUUUCCAAUGAUUCAGUUGAAGAAGUUAUAUUGGAAAGAGCUCAUCAAAAAUUAGAUAUUGAUGGUAAGGUUAUUCAAGCGGGUAAAUUCGAUAAUAAAUCUACUGCAGAAGAACAAGAAGCAUUUUUGAAAAGAUUACUUGAAGCUGAAUCUAACAGAGAUGGAAGUGAAGAGAAUGCCCAAUUGGAUGAUGAUGAUCUUAACGAUAUUUUAUCGCGUUCAGAUGACGAAAAAAUCUUAUUUACCAAAAUGGAUAAGGAACGUAAUGAUUCUGAAAAGCUUGCUUAUGAACAACAAAAUGGUUUCAAAUCAAGAUUAAUGGAACGAGAUGAAUUACCUCCUGUUUUUACUGAAGACAUUGCUCAUCAUUUCGAACCAAGAACCGAAGAAUUGGGCCGUAUGAGAGAAAAGAAAAAGGUCAAAUAUGAUGAUGGAUUAACCGAAGAACAAUGGUUAAAUGCAAUGGAUGAUGAUAAUGACACAGUUGAAGAGGCCAUUAAACGUAAGGAAGCUCGUGUCGCUAAGAGAAGGAGAACUAUGGCUAUUAAACAAGGUAUUCCGGAAGACCAAAUUGAUACCGAUGCCUUGGCAGCAGAAGAGGAUGAGGCAGAAGAAGAAGAAGAAGAAAUGGGUAGAUCACGUAAAAAGUUGCGUGGUUCAAGAUCUGCUAGUCAAACUCCACUUGAAGAUGACGAGGUUCCACCACCGGAACCAAUUGAUGAAUUCACUGCUAAUUGUAAUACCAUCAUUGACAAUGUGUUACAAUUGGAUUCCAAAGAUGGUCAACGUAAAGCUAGCGAUGUUUUUCUUAAAUUACCUUCAAGAAAAUUAUAUCCUGAUUAUUAUCAUGUUAUCAAGCACCCAGUUUCACUUAAUCAAAUUAAAAAACAAUUGGACCAAGAUAAAGUUGAGUCUUUUGAAUCAUUUAUAAAUGAAUUCAGAAUCAUGAUAUCUAAUGCUAAGACCUAUAAUGAAGAAGGAUCAUGGGUUUAUGAAGAUGCUAAUGUUAUUGAAGAAUACAUUAACACCGUU